AUGUACGUACAAUCAAUGAUGGAGAAACUCCGACAGUUCGCCAUCGAGUUUGAUGAGAGGAAGGACGUGUUCGAGCCCGGGGAAUUUGUCAAAGGUCACGUGGUCGUUGACCUGGCAAAGAAAAUGAAGAUAAAAGGUUUGUGGCUGCAGUUCCAUGGACGCAGCAAAGUGAGUUUUGACAUCCACGAUGACGACUACACGGCUUCAGAGACAUACUUAAGUCACGAGGUCACGCUAUUCGGCAACGAGCAAGGACAGACUGGAGACGGUCCUGUGACGUCACACGUGCUGCCCGCGGGUCGCCAUGCCUUCCCGUUCCAGGUCCAGCUUCCUGCCGACGGACUGCCGUGCUCGUUCGAAUGGCAACGCUACGGCUAUGUUCGCUACACCAUCAACGCCACCAUCGGCAAGCCAUACCAGUCCACAAAAAAGGUGUUCAAGGUUCUGGAUAAGGGCGAAGAGGAUUCUUGGGAAGGGUUUAGUAGAACCCACCCUCCCAACAUGGUCCGGUGGAACAGAGACGAAGACCCGGACGUAAGCGAGUGCUGUUCGACCACCACCGGGCCGGUGGAGCUCCAGGCCCAGCCGGACCGAACAGUCUACUGCCCCGGGGAGGUGAUCGCCAUCAGGGGGACCGUGGAGAACAACAGUUCCAUCGAUGACGUCAGGCAUGUGGAGGCUAGGCUGGUGCAGGUCGGAACAUUCCAUGGGAAAUAUGUCUCGUGGAGUUCGGUAGAUGUCAAAAACAUUGUCGAGCGAGUUCGACUCCCUAACUCCGCCUGCAAGAGAGGGUCAUUUGCGUUUCAGUCGCCCAGCGACGGUGCCGUUCUGCGGGUCCCUCCGCUGAGCAGCUUCUCCUCACUCCGCUUCUGCAGGAUCAUCGACGUCGGGUAUCGACUGGAUGUUGUGGCCAAAAUGUCCAGUGGUGGUAGUCCGAAGGUAAAGAUUCCCAUCAAGAUAUGCUCCUGCAGGCACCACCCCCACGGCACCGCCCAGCCUUCCUUUGCAACACCCUGUGCGGCCCCACAGGACAGUGCCCAGACCCCCUGUGCAGACCCCCCUGCUUACGCCGACCCCCUUUCACCCUGUGCGACCCCACACGGCAUCGCCCAGCCCCCCUGUACAGACCCCCCUGCUUACGCUGCCCCCCUCCCCAACGUCUCCGGACCUGUAGUCGUCACCCAACCAACAUCCCGGGUCGCUGCUGCACCUGACCUUGACUCUUCACCCUCGUAGAUGGCAAAUGUGUGGGGAGCGCCGCCGGGUCUACAGCUCAGCGCUGCGGAUGUGCAAACUGGAGAACAGACGAAGCACCCUGUAAGUUUGCCCAUAACAUGGCCACAUCAGAACGCACGACUCGGACUACAGACGAUGGGCUUUUUGGACGGCUGAAUUACGACACCACCAGCUCUGGCGUGUUGUGUAGGAUGAUGUCACAUUUCCACAAAGAGGCCCGGCAGGGCAGUUUUUUUGGGGGGGAACGAAAAGUUUGAAUAUAAAAGACAACAAAAACGCAAAACGAACCAAAAAGAAAUCAACAACAUCCCUUGUGCAUUUAUUGUCAUGAACUUUAAUUUUUUCGUUUUCGCAAACAGACCGUCUGGGCCACGGGUAGGAAAUGUGACGUAGGUCAUAAUCUUCGCUUCACCUGUAACGUUAUAUGCAUAAAGUAUAGAUGAGAAUGCAAAUAAGAUUCUUGUACAAAAGGUAAGGCAAUGCAUGAUGAGCCUACAUGAUUUUAAAUGGUUAUCAGUGAUUACUAAAGUAGCGGACGCAUGGUGUCAUGUAAUAUCUAACGAUCUAAUAUUGGAGUCAUUUAAAGAUAAAUCGUCAAAACGUCAUAAAGUUACUUUAGAGCAAUGAGAACAUGUGGUUUUUGAUAAGCUUGAUCAAUAUUAGAAAUCGUGAAUACGGACAGGUGGAAAAUGGGUAGGAAAACGUACAGGUACCGGUGGCGAUACGAGCAAAUAUCUCUUCGGGAGUAGUACUUGUAUUGUAUCAGGGGCUGAAGUGUAGCUUUGCAUGCACCCG